UCUGAUCUAUGAGAUAUCAUUUAAAUUGUACCUGAACUUAUAUUCUUUGUCUACUCUUCGUUAGUCAGUGUGUGUUAUGUUCAACAGGUUCACAUCGUCCUUGGGAGGUUGCAGCUAUAAAAACCAACUAGAUCCUCAUGUUUCAGGGAAAAGCAAGGUUGAAACCUUUUCCAGAGAGCCGAACUAGGUGUGUUAUUUCCUGUUUUUUGUCAGCAUGUAUAUUGUUGAGAACAAAGGUGGUGCAAUCGCCCUUAUUCUUUUUGCUAUCCUAUGUGGUGGAAGUUUUGCUCCUGCGAUGUCAUUCAUGGAGCGUAGAGGCCGUCUGCCUCAGCACAUAUAUUUGGACUACUCCAUUGCCAACUUCCUUGUGGCUGUGUUGAUUGCUUUUACAGUUGGGCAGAUUGGACACGGCAAGGUUGGUAUGCCGAAUUUCUUCACUCAGCUAAGCCAGGAUAACUGGCCUUCGGUCCUAAUUGCUAUGGCUGGUGGGCUUGCUCUCAGCCUUGGGAAUAUGAUCUGUCAGUAUGCAUGGGCAUUUGUCGGUCUAUCACUAGUGAAUAUUAUUGUGUGUUGUAUGAUUGUUGUUCUAGGCACAACUGUUAAUUAUUUCCUAGAUGGGCGAAUAAAUAGAGCCGAGUUUCUUUCCCCUGGUGUAGCUUGCUUCAUGGUUGCUGUGGUCCUCAGCUCUAUACUCCAUUCUUCUAACGCCCAGGAUAAGAAGGAAAAACUAAGCAGCUUAGGAGUCGAUUUCACUAUGCGGUUCUUCCUUUCAGAAGAACAGAAAAAGGGCUAUUGUGAUGAGAACACUGCUUCUAAUCUGGCAAAACCAGGCACUGCAGAGUUCCUUGCAGAGAUAGAGAAACGACGAUCAAUCAAGGCUGCAGGUACCAGCACGACUCGAGGCCUUGCAGUUGUAUUAUUUGCUGGCUUGUGUUUCUUCGUCUUCUCGCCGGCAUUUAACCUUGCCACCAAUGACCAGUGGCACUUGUUGAAGAAAGGGGUGCCCCAUUUGGUGGUCUAUACCGCCUUCUUCUACUUUUAUUUGUCAGGUUUUGUGAUCACGGUCUGUGUCAACAUCUGGCUUCUAUACCGGCCGAUAGCCGGUGUGCCAGCUUCAACCAUGGAAGCAUAUCUCAGGGACUGGAAUGGGAGGCAUUGGGCCCUUCUGUCGGGCCUGCUAUGUGGAUUUUGCAACGGUUUCCAGUUCAUGGGUGGGCAAGCUGCCGGAUUUGCUACAGCUGAUGCUGUCAUGGCGUCGCCACUCAUCUGCACCAUUUGGGAUAUCAUCCUUUUUGGUGAGUACCGGAGGUCAUCGAGGAAGACGUAUUUCUUGCUCACCAGCAUGCUGACCUUGUUUGUCGUCGCUAUCGGGGUUCUCUUGGCUUCAGCAGGGCAUAGAAAGACUGCUUGAGCACCACCUCUGGUUCAUCAUAAUAAUGUCACAGGAUUACUCUAUAUAUGAAGGUUAAACAUAGAACAUACAGGAAGUAAUGUGCGAUGCUUUAGGUUAAUAAACCUUGAUAUGUUACUAGAUACUAUAGGUUAUGUUGUGACACUGAACUUUUUAAU